AAUGUGACUUGAGCGUAGUUGACAGCUUUACUUCAAGCUAAACGCACGAACCGUAAAACUAAUAUAUCGCCAUAUUUCUCAAGAUGUUUUCAUUCGCCUUAUUACUGCUAGUGGCCGCUACCAGCGCAAAUGUUGCCUCCAUUCCCGCAGAUUCUUAUGUCGUUUCAGUUCAAAUAUCCGACAACUCUCUCUGUAGUGGCGUUCUAAUUAACAAGAAUACAGUUCUCACAUCGGCGCAGUGCUUGGCUUUCUACGAUGCCGAUCAAUUGGUCGUUGCUAUAAAUAACGGCACUCAAAUCUUCAAAACUAAAGCACACUCAUUCAAGUCAGAUUUCGAUUUCGUUACAAUGGAAAAUGAUGUCGCCGUUUUGAAGUUGGCGCAAUCAGUGAAAACCCGUUAUGUAAAAAUGGCGAGUAAACCACGUAAAAGCGGUUCCAGCGGUGUGGUCGUAAACGCAAAUUUACUGCAGGUACCUGUGAGCAUAAUAAACUACCAAGAAUGUGCUUCGGGAAAAUACGUAUACAGCGAAGAAGAAGUGUUCAGUACGAUGGUAUGCGGUCUGGUGAAAGAAGAAAAUGCUUGUGUCGGGCGAGCGGGAAGUCCUGUUAUCUCCAAAAAUAGAUUGGUUGGUUUGGUUUCUUGGGGUGGUUGUGGCAACAACGGCAAGCCAGCCGUGUUUAGCGACAUUUUAUCGUUGAGAUCUUGGAUUACAGAAACCGUAAAAAAAUUGUAGAAUAAAUAACAUAAAUUUGCAAUCCCAAAUAAACGCAGUAAAUUGUAUGAAA